AUGUCGUCGCUGCGCAAGGCGCUCGGCGACGGCGUGGACGGCAAGCGCUACAUCGCCAGCCUGCCCGGGCGGGGCUACAGCUUCGUCAUGGCCGUCACACAGGUCACACAGGUCACGCAGGCGCGCGCACCCGGUGCGCCGGCCGUGACGGCGAGCUUCGUAGCUGCGGCUGCGCCGAUUUCGCUCAGCCUGCUGCCCUCCCGGUUGACGGGCGUCGUCGGCCGCGAGCAGGAGUUGUCGGUGCUGUCCCUCAAGCUGGCGCGGUCCCGGCUCGUCACCAUCGUGGCGCCCGGCGGCAUGGGCAAGACGACGGUCGCACUCGCACUCGCCGGGUCGGCCGCCGCGCGGCAUGCCGACGGCGCGUGCUUCGUCGACCUGGCGCCGCUCGACGACGCAUCGGUGGUUCCCCAUGCCCUGGCAACGGCGAUCGGCGUCGCCGCGCCCGACCCGUUGCCCUGGCCUAUCCUGGAAGAGGCGCUUGCGCCGCGCGACCUGCUCAUCGUGCUGGACAACUGCGAACACCUCGCCGCAGCGGCCGCCGAGCUUGCGGAGCGUGUCUUGCGCAUCGCGCCGCGGGUGCGCAUCCUGGCCACCAGCCGCGAACCGCUGGAGGCCGAGACCGAGGCCGUCUACCGCCUCGACCCGUUGGCGGUGCCGCCCGCCGAGACCGCGUCGAAUGUCGAGGACGCGCUCGCCUUCUCGGCGCUGCGGCUCUUCGUCGAACGCGCGACCGCGAGCGCGAAUGACUUUCGCCUGUCGCCCGCGAACCUGGCGGCAACGAUCAGGAUCUGCCGCCACCUCGACGGCAUGCCGCUGGCCAUCGAACUGGCUGCGGCGCGCGUGGGCAGCCUGGGCCUGCAGGCACUGGCGGACCGGCUGGACGAUGUCUUUCGCCUGCUGCGCCGCGGUCGCCGCACGGCGCUGCCGCGUCACCAGACCUUGCAGGCCCUGCUGGACUGGAGCCACGACCUGCUGGACGACGACACACGCACGGUGCUGCACCGCCUGCUUUGCCGACGACGCCCUCGACCGCGCCCUGGGCCUGCUGCGUUUCUGCGAAGGCGCCCACCCCGGCGCGCUCAGCCAGGCCCUGUCGCUGGCCAUCCUGCCCAUCCUGCUCUGGCGCGGCGACGACGAGCAGGCGCUGUCGUUUCUGGCCCGCCUGGUGGACCAUGA